GGCAGCUCGGCCUUUACCCGCUCUUCGCCGCGGUCGACGACGCGCUGAAGGACUUUGUGCUGGAGCUGGACGCGCAGGGCAUCUUUAACAGCGUUGUCGUGGUGUCCCAGUCGGAUUUCGGGCGCACGCUGACGUCGAACGGCGCCGGCACGGACCAUGGGUGGGGAGGGAAUCAUUUUGUUGUCGGCGGUGCCGUCCGUGGCGGACAGGUUCUGAACGAUUUCCUGGACUCUUUCCUGGAGACUCCCGACUCCGAUUACCACGUGGGGCGCGGACGUACCAUCCCCAAGUACCCGUGGGAGAGCAUGAUGGUACCCAUCGCGGAAUGGAUGGGGCUCUCGAGUGGGCACGACAAGGCGUUCCCCAACCUAUCCACCUCGUUCAACCGCUCCCAGCACAUCAUCCCCACCGAGACGCUCUUCGACACCGGUGCCACGCCAGCACCGACCGCACCCACCCCGCUGCCCACCCUGUCCCCCACCCCGACCCCCACGGGAGCGGCUCCCGCUCCGUCUCCCACGCCCGCCUCGCCCUCGUCGGCCCCGAGUCCGGCGCCCACUCCGCCGCCAUCCGUGGCAACUUCGACCCCGACAGCAGCUCCUUCGGUGGCUCCGACGCCAGCCCCAACGGCGGUUCCGACAGAGACAACCGUGUGGCCAGCCGGAUGCGACAUUACGUACCAGGGGGAGUCGUUGAAUAACAACUGUGAAAAGUGCACAACGAUGACGGACGGCCGGGGUGCAGGCCAGACGCACCACGGAGACAAGUGCGUGUAUCUGCUGGACUGGGCGAGAUGUUAUCCCGAGACAUAUUGGGCGGUCCUCGCUGGCUCGUACACUGUGAUCCAUGCGCCCGCAGGCUGCCCAGGCGGCGCUCCAACUGCAGCUCCUGCAGUGUCACCAACGACGCUUCCGACGGCAGCUCCGACGGCAGCUCCUACAGCUCCUACUGCAGCUCCUGUGGUGGCACCAACGCCAACGUCCGUUCCGACCUCAGCUCCGCCUCCGACGCAGGUGCCGACGGUGUCAACGCCUGCAACGCCGGCCCCAACGGCGGCUCCGACAGGGACAACUGUGUGGCCGACUGGUUGCGACAUGACAUACCAGGGUGAGCAGUUGAACAACAAUUGCGCGAAGUGCACCAUCAUGACGGACGGCCGGGGCGUGGAGCAUUCGGGACAUGGAGACAAGUGCGUGUAUCUGACGAAUUUGGACGGGAGCGAAGUCGGUCCCCGAAAUUGUUACCCUGAGUCGAACAUUGCCGUCAACACUGGCAUGUUCAAGGUAAUCAGAGACCCCACUGGAUGCCCAGGCACGACUCCCUUGUCUACCCCAUCUCCAUCUUUGGCUCCUCUGGCGCCACCAACGCCGACCGCGAUUCCGACACCAGAACCAACAACAGCUCCGACGCCGCCGCCGAUAAGUGUGUGGCCAACGGGUUGCGACAUGACCGACAUGGCCACCGGCCAAGAGUUGAACAACGACUGCUUCUUGUGUGCAACGAUGACGGACGGGCGGGGUGUUGGUCAGGUUCACAAUGGAGACAGGUGCGUGUAUCUCACGAACUUAGAUGGGAGUGAAAUUACGCCCCGAAAUUGCUUCCCCGAGACAUACUGGAUGGUGUCUAGCAAUAUGUUCCACGUGAUCCGUGAGGCCACGUCUUGCCCAGGCGCCACCGCCUCGCCGACAACAUAUCCGACGCCAGCUCCAACUGCUGCUCCAUCGGGUGCACCAACAGCGUUCCCGACAGCAACUCCGACAGCAUCCCCAACGCCAAUUCCAACCGCUACUCCUACGGCUGCGCCAACAGCGUUCCCGACGGCAGCUCCGACACAAUCUCCAACGGGUGCGCCAGCAGCUGUGCCCACAGCCUCUCCUACCCCUGCGCCACCGCUGAAUGUGUGGCCGACUGGUUGCGACAUGACAUACCAGGGGGAGCAGUUGAACAACGACUGCGCGAUGUGCACCAUCAUGACGGACGGCCGGGGCGUGGAGCAUUCGGGUCAUGGAGACAAGUGCGUGUAUCUGACGAAUUUGGACGGGAGCGAAGUCGGUCCCCGAAACUGUUACCCCGAGUCGAACAUUGCCGUCAACUCCGGCGUGUUCAAAGUGAUCAGGGACCCAACCGGGUGCCCAGGCGUGACUCCUUUGUCGACCCCAGCUCCAUCUUUGGCUCCCCUGGCGCCACCAACGCCGACGGCAGUUCCGACAUCAGCUCCAACUCUACCUCCUCUGGCGCCACCAGCGCCGACGGCGGUUCCAACGGGAGUGCCGACAGCCUCACCCACACCAGCUCCGACGCCGGCUCCGAUCUCCAUCGACAGGAUCGAGCUUGUCAUUUCGGUAGAGCUCGACGACCCGUGCAAUGCCACGCAAAACGAGUUGAUUACCAACUCGACGAGGACUGGUUUUGCCCACAAGUUUGGGAUCCCUGAAACUUACAUCAUUGUGACGUUGUCGACGAAUGCAUCCUGUAGUGAACGAAAGCCGAUCCAACUCGAUUCAUUUCUGCUGCGGUGGCGUCAAGGCACGGAGUUGGCAGAGAUCGAUAUUGAAAUUGACUUGAAUCAUGCAGCAGACCCUGCCGUCACACUGCCGAGCGCAGAACAAGUCACAUCUGUACUUUCAAAUGAGACGACUUCCUCGGUGCAGGAUAUCGUAGGGACCUCUGUGCCAGGAGUGUCUGUGCAGGCAGUGUCGGCGCCAUCCGUCACGCAGGUGUUGGUUCCUGCGUCGGGCGACAACACGCCAGUGUCUGGCAAGGGAGAUCCACACUUGCAGAACUUGUACGGCGAACGGUUUGAUUUGAGGAAGCCAGGCAAACACCUCCUGCUCCACAUCCCGCGGCACGCGGAUGCCAAAAACACGUUGUUUCGUGUUGAGGCGGUGGCCGAGCAAUUGGGUACGGGGUGUUCUGAGAUGUAUUUUGAAGACGUGAACGUGACAGGAGCUUGGGCAGAUGCCAAGCAGAAAGGAGGCUUCCAGUUCCACGCGAAAGACAAGGGCGGAAAGGGUAAGCAUAAUCACAAGCCCCGGUGGAUGAGGCUGGGUAAGCUGGAGAUCAAAGUGUCUUACGGACACACGGAUCGUGGCAUUCUCUAUUUGAACUUCUUCGUGAAGCACAUCAAGUCCACUGGGUUCGAAGUUGGCGGGCUGCUGGGGGAGGACGACCACACCGAUGCUGCGACCCCUCGCAAGGGAUGCGUGCGCACCGUGAGCCUCCGGCGCACGGACCUCCUGCCAGAGGUAUGGGGCGUUGGUGGUGACUACUCUCUGCCGGAUCGGACGAUUGUGUAAGGACCCGAGGCGCAUGAGCCUCCAGCGUAUCCGACGCCUGACCUGAGGCGAGGGAUCCAGCGAGCGACAAGACGUAGAGCGGGGUGCGGCGCUGCACCAGCGCGCCCGCCCGCGAAUCUGCUUGUCCUGAGAUUGGGGGACACGGGUGCUCUCGCGGAGCACAGCGAGCGGUGAACGUUCUCCCGCUUGUGUUGCGAAGCUCGCGCUUCGACGACGGUUUCCUGGGACCCACUGCAGCAGUCAGCUUGUCACGUGAUUCAGGGUAUGCCGUCGCAGCCCGCCGCAGACAUGCAUCCCUUGGCGUCAGCACGGCCAUGGCGACUCACACGCAGCUGGGUCCUCUUGUGAUUAUCUCAAGGUCCUCUUGGGGUCCCCUCUCGCCCUCUCGGGGCACACGGCGUUGUGCGUUCGUUUCUCGUCUCUCGUUCCCAGCUCUUCUCUCUUUACCCCGUCCUGCUGGCGCAUGGACGGCGCAUGGGCGGCGUAUGGAGGAGCUCUUGGCAAUCGCACACUUCGUGUUGUAGCCAACUUUUUGGUGCAUCGCAGCCGCCUGCAGCAGCCGCCUGCAGCAGCUCGGUUUAUUCUACGGUACGCCCAACGUAGAAGUAUCGAAGACGCCUGCGGCGAGUCACCGCCGCCCCCUGCCAUUUGGAAGCGUCGAUGUGGCAACUAAUGCGGCUAGAGCUCGGCCAAGCUAACGCACUAUGUGUUCACUCCAAUUCGUUGUGGAAACACUUCUUGGAACG